AUGGAAUCUCCUGUUGAUGCUACUGCUAGAGCUGUUGCGACCUCUACACAUUCGGAUCCAAUAAGUCCAGCGUCUGACCAUACAUCGGAUGCAGACCAUCAACUGGAGCAACUCCCGCAAGAGCUGACACAGCACCUGACAGAAAGUUUAGCUGAGCAACCAUCCCAAGGAAGCUCGCCGUCUGGGAGUCCAUAUAACGCGGAACAGAACGCCGAAGACUCGAGAAACUUAAUUGAUGAUCCCGAUUUAAAGCUGGACAUGCAGGAGACCUUGGACCACGAGAACUUUUCCAAGUUGUUAGAACUGGAUUCUAAGAACGACGAUGAUCUGUUCUCGUCUGCGGAUUUAUUAGAUCACGAAAUUCAUGAGGACCUAGGUAAACUAGUUCAGGACACUACAAAUGCCUUGCAACAGUCGGAGCACACUCAUUCACAACACGAAAGUCCAACAACGCGACAAGGCGUUGAUGGAGACAUUGAGCCAGAGGGGCUGGAGGAUCAACAAUAUCGCCAUAACCAACAAAUGCAACAAGAAGUAGAACAAGAGCUGCAACAAUCUAGAUCUACUCCCUCACAUUCCAUGAACGACCUGAGUCUCGACAGCGGCCAAGAUUCCUCGCCGCUACCUGGCGAUCCAUCGUCCAUUAAAGAAAACAUAUACAAUUCUGGUACAUUAUCAGCUGGUGCAGGCACACGAGAAGAUACACCCGCAUCAAUUUUUGAAUCAAGAGAUGAGCACAAUUUUAUUGACACUGAAAAGGAAGAGCCGCUGUCGCCGUCCAAAUUUCAACCCAUGUCACUCCCGCCUGCACCUCUUCCAGAAAACGCAGUAAACAAACAACCUUUAGCUCAACCAAACGAAACCUCACAACUUCCGAUGAUUGAGUUCCAUGACGGGGCUCUUAAUGAGGCUGAGCAGUCCAAAAUAUCAGCAUACGCGCGCUUAGAUUUUCAGAGCUUUACAUUUUACGUUCAGACCUUACAAGUCAUAAUUGGUCGUCGGUCGGAAAAUGACUUUUCCCACAAAGUUGAUGUCAACUUGGGACCGUCGAAAUCAAUUUCAAGAAGGCAUGCUCAAAUUUUCUAUAAUUUUGGAACUGGUCGAUUCGAGUUAUCAAUAAUGGGUAAAAAUGGCGCCUUUGUGGAUGACACUUUUGUCGAAAGAGGAAUCACGGUACAACUGAAGAACAAAGCAAAAGUUCAGAUUGGACAGAUUCCUUUUCAGUUUGUUCUCCCGGAACAAGAAGGCAAAGAGAAAAAGCCAGUUUAUCCUGCCGAUGCCGAUCCACUGAAAAGUGCUUUGAACAAUAACAACAAGUUAACUGAGAUUUCGAGAAGCUCUACUCCUGUUCCUCUCGACGUCGGUGAAAGCUUAAAUCCUAUUUUAGAAGAAUCAAAAGUACUGUCAUCGAAAAAAAAGACUCCUCCAAAAAAGAAGGAUAAGAAGGAGCCGAAGCCUCCGAAACCAGCGAAAAAGGUUUAUACUUUGGAAGAGAUCCCACUAGAGUAUAGAACCAAACCUGCUGGCUCAUAUUCCAAUCUCAUAACCUCAUGUCUUCGGAAGUAUUCAAGCCCUAAAGGAAUGUCUUUAUCCGGGAUCUACGCAGGAAUAAGAGAGUUAUUCCCGUACUACAAGUAUUGCCCAGACGGCUGGCAAAGCUCCGUUAGGCACAAUUUAUCCCUUAAUAAGUCCUUCAGAAAGGUAUCAAAAGAAGGUAAAGGUUGGUUAUGGGGACUCAACGAAGAAUACAUUGCAGAGAGGGAAAAGCAGAAAAAGAAGCAAGCGGAAGCUGCUGCGAUGAAGGCUAAGGCAGCUCAGUUGAAGCUUGAGCAACAACAAGAGCAAAAGGCAAAGAAAGCAGCGUCUAUAGGAGAACCGGUAUCUGCAGUAAAAUCGAUAUCAACUGUCCCAAUGAUGAGACCCAAACCCAGACAGCCCAAUAUUUCGCAAACCCUGGCGGCAAAUAGAGCGGAUAGAAAAGCAACGGCGGACGGAAAUCAAAGGACAAUGAAAUACCUUCAAGAACAACUAAUGAUUCUCACUAAAGACCGCAAGGGUUUAGACAAGCACGUCAUGGCUAGCAUAUUAACGCAAGCGCUUGCAAUGACUAUAAAUCAGGUCACGCAGGCCGCUAAAACGAAAGGUAUUACUGGCAAUCCGUUAACCGCUUUGAUCGACAAGAACCCUCAGCAUUUGAACUUGAUUUUAGCAGCUGCAGUUAAUGCAGCAACUGUCAAGGUAACUAAUGGCUCCGUAAAGCAGCUUGUAUCCAUGCCACCACCAACUGCUUCACCAGCUACUGGACAUAGCAAUCCACCUGUGAAUUCAAGCAGUAUUUUAUCAACAUCGAACUCACCUUCUCAUUUCACGCCGCCAGCUUCUCUCCUCAAUAAAUCCUCAGACUCAUUCGACCCCAGUUCUCUUUCUAAAUUUUUUCAACCAAAACAACCGCCACGAAUUGCAACUCCAAAUCCAACUAAGAGCGUGGUGCCUUUAAAACGGCCUUCAAGUGAGACUGAAUCCAGUUCAGAGGACGAUUCAGGCAGUGAGGAUGAUAGCGAUAGCGAUGGAAGUGAUGACAGUGAUUCCUCGGAUGGCUCAGGCAACGAGGAAAGCAGCAGUGGUAAAGAGUCGUCCAGCGAUAAUGGCAGUAGUGAAGGCGAGUAG